AGAGUAAAACCAAGUGUAAGCCCCGAGAUGCGCGACACACUCAGCAGCCACGGAGCACGAAGCGAGUAAAAAAUGUUGACAGGAACCUUUAGUUAAUUAUUUAUUUUAUUUUUUUAUUGUGUGAGAUCAAACUAAACUACUCUACAUGCUGCCUGUGUGGGAAACGAUUUUUGUGUCCGGACGCAGGGAGAGGCUCACAUAAAAGAUCAUUUAAACACAGAUUGCACCAAAAAAAAAAAAAAAAGGUUCAAGUUUCAUCUGUGUGGAGUAAAAUUACUCUUCUGACCAGCGUGGACUAAUGAUGUCUCUAAUGGUUCACCUGAAGACGGUCGCUCACCUGCGGGGGAAAGGUGACAGGAUCGCUAAAGUUACAUUCAGAGGUCUGCCCUUCUACAGCCACGUGGCAGAGAACUGUGAGGAGGUGGCGCACUUUAAUGAGAUGUUUCGAUGGCCCAUCGCCAGUAGGCUGGAUGGAAACGAGAUGCUGGAGAUCCAAGUGUACAACUACAGCAAAGUCUUUUCCAACAGGCUGGUGGGGACUUUCUGUAUGGUGCUCCAGAAGGUGGCUGAGGAGGGGCACCUCGAGCUGACCGACACUCUCAUCGAUGAUAACAACACGUCAAUAAAGACCAACGUUACCAUAGAGAUCAGAUACCAGUCGAUGGAUGGCACAGUGGGAGUGUGGAGUGAUGGGGAGUUCCUGGAUGUUCCUUACGACCGAGACGGGAUGUUUGCCUUCGAAACCGACAGCUUGCUGUCAGGUCAGAGCCACGGCUCAGGGACUUCUCCUGGGCGAUCCUUACAGGGAUCCAUACCGACCUUCAGGAAAGCGGGGAAAGGAGUUUUCUCAGCCAUGAAGCUCGGCAAGAUCAAGAUCUCUAAAGAUGACCACAGGAAAGGAGAUGAGCCGGCAAUCCUCGACAUGGAGGACCUGGACAGGAAGGCGAUGCGUCUUGCUGGAACGCUGGACCCCGACACCAUCUCUUUGGCCUCUGUCACCGCUGUCACCACCAACGUCUCCAAUAAGAGGUCAAAGCCAGAUAUCAAGAUGGAGCCGAGCUCUGGGCGACCGGUGGAUUAUCAGAUCAGCAUCACAGUGAUUGAGGCCCGACAGCUGAUAGGCCUCAACAUGGACCCCGUGGUGUGUGUGGAGAUUGGAGAUGACAAGAAGUACACGUCCAUGAAGGAGUCCACCAACUGCCCGUACUACAAUGAGUAUUUCGUCUUUGACUUCCACGUCCCUCCUGAUGUCAUGUUUGACAAGAUCAUCAAACUCUCAGUUAUUCACUCUAAAAAUCUUCUACGGAGCGGGACCUUGGUGGGAACAUUCAAGAUGGAUGUUGGGACUGUUUACUCUCAGCCUGAACAUCAGUUUUACCACAAGUGGGCCAGCCUGUCUGAUCCGGAUGACAUCACAGCGGGGUGUAAAGGAUAUAUAAAGUGUGACAUCGCUGUGGUCGGGAAGGGCGACAACAUCAAGACCCCACACAAGGCCAACGAGACUGAUGAAGACGACAUAGAGGGGAACCUCCUGCUCCCAGAGGGCAUCCCAGCAGAGAGACAGUGGGCAAGGUUUUAUGUGAAGAUCUAUCGUGCCGAGGGACUUCCUAAAAUGAACACCAGCAUAAUGGCAAAUGUGAAGAAGGCUUUCAUCGGAGAGAACAGAGACCUGGUGGACCCCUACGUUCAAGUGCAGUUUGCUGGGCAGAAAGGGAAAACUUCAGUCCAGAAAAGCAGUUAUGAACCGAUCUGGAACGAGCAGAUCGUCUUCACUGAGCUGUUCCCUCCACUCUGCAAACGCAUAAAGGUCCAGAUACGGGACUCGGAUAAGGUCAAUGAUGUUGCCAUAGGAACUCACUUUAUUGACCUGCGCAAAAUAUCAAAUGAAGGUGACAAAGGGUUCCUGCCCACUUUGGGUCCAGCUUGGGCCAACAUGUACGGUUCAACCCGUCAGUACACUCUGAUGGACGAGCACCAGGACCUGAACGAGGGUCUUGGGGAAGGUGUGUCCUUCAGGGCCCGUCUCCUGCUCUCCAUCGCUGUGGAGAUCCUGGACACCACUUCACCGGAGAUCCUAAGCUCCACUGAGGUGCAGGUGGAGGGUGUCUCCAACAUCUCAGAGAGUGCCACUGGGAAAAUAGACGAGUUUUUCCUGUUCGGUUCCUUCCUGGAGGCUACAAUGAUCGACAGGAAGAUUGGUGACAAAACGAUAAGUUUUGAGAUCACGAUAGGUAACUAUGGCAACCAGAUAGAUGGUGUAAGCAAGCCUCCAUCGGCAAGGAAGAAGAAGAAAGACGGGGAGAAUGAAGAAGAGGAGAGCGAGCUCAUCCAGAACUCCAGUGAGGAUGAGGCAGACGAGGACGGGGACCUGGUCUCCAUUUCUACCACUCCUCUGAUGAAGCCGGUCAUCACUGACAGGAAUUACUUCCAUCUUCCCUACUUUGAAAAGAAGCCAUGCGUCUACAUCAAAAGCUGGUGGCAGGACCAGAGAAGACGACUUUACAACUCAAACAUGAUGGACAAGAUCGCUGACAAGCUGGAAGAAGGUUUGAAUGAUGUUCAGGAGAUCAUUAAGACAGAGAAGGCUUUUCCCGAGCGCAGACUCAGGGGAGUGCUAGAGGAACUCAGCAUCGGCUGCAGUCGAUUUGUGACUCUGGCCAACAAGGAUGUGAACCAGGCGGGCCGAACCAAACUGGAUCGAGAGCGGCUCAAAUCCUGCAUGAGAGAGAUGGACAGCAUGGGUCAACAGGCCAAGCAGAUCCGGACUCAGGUGAAGAAAAACACAGUCAGAGACAAACUCAAGCUGGUGCAGAACUUCCUGCAGAAGCUCCGUUUCCUUGCUGACGAGCCUCAGCACAGCAUCCCAGAUGUUUUCAUCUGGAUGAUGAGCAACAACAAGCGCAUUGCCUACGCCCGGGUGCCUUCCAAAGACAUUCUGUACUCCAUAGUGGAUGAGGAAAUGGGGAAAGACUGCGGUAAAGUCAAGGCUGUCUUUCUCAAGCUUCCCGGUAAGAAAGGGUUCGGUCCUGCUGGUUGGACGGUUCAGGCUAAGCUGGAGCUGUAUCUGUGGCUCGGACUCAACAAGCAAAGGAAGGAUUUUCUCAACGGUCUGCCGAAUGGUUUUGAAGAGAUAAAAGCUGCUAAAAUGGGCCCCGGUCUUCAUGCUGUCCCCCCCGUCAGCCUCGUCUACAACAUGAAGCAGGUGUUUCAGCUCAGAGCACACAUGUACCAGGCUCGCAGUCUGUUUGCUGCUGACAGCAGUGGCCUUUCAGAUCCCUUUGCCCGGGUCUUCUUCUCCACACACAGCCAGGUCACUGAGGUCCUGAGCGAGACUCUUUGCCCAACAUGGGACCAACUGCUGGUGUUUGAUGACGUGGAGCUGUUUGGGGAGGCCAGUGAGCUCAGAGACGACCCACCAAUUAUUGUCAUUGAGAUCUAUGACCAGGACACUGUGGGAAAGGCAGAGUUCAUAGGUCGGACGUUUGCAAAGCCCACCAUCAAGAUGUGCGACGAGCACUACGGCCCCCCGAGGUUCCCACCACAGCUUGAGUACUACCAGAUUUACAGGGGGAACUGCACAGCCGGAGAACUGCUGGCUGCCUUUGAGCUGCUGCAGAUACCCUUCGAUGAGGAGGCGAUUAGGCGAGCUCUGAUCGCCGUCCAUAACUUUGCUGUUCCUCAAAUUAAGAUCGGUCAAGGAGGGAGGGCUGAUCUCCCUCCCCUUGAAGGCCCAACAGACUCUGAGCGUGGUCCAAUUCUGCCUGUGCCGUUGGGCAUCCGACCUGUUCUCAGUCGUUACCGCAUUGAGGUUUUGUUCUGGGGCUUGAGGGACAUAAAGAGGAUUAACCUGGCUCAGGUGGAUCGGCCCCGUGUAGACAUAGAGUGUGCAGGUAGAGGUGUGCAGUCAGUCCUCAUCCAGAACUACAAGAAAAACCCCAACUUCAGCACCCUGGUUAAAUGGUUUGAGGUGGACCUUCCAGAGAACGAGCUUCUCCACCCUCCUCUCAACAUCCGUGUGGUGGACUGCCGGGCGUUCGGCCGUUACAUCUUGGUUGGGUCUCAUGCUGUCACUAGCCUGAGACGUUUCAUCUACACCACCCCGGACAAGAACUCCAAUAACUGGGCCACUGCAGCUAAGCUAAUGAAUGGCUACAUGGUCCUUACCAAUGGCGGCUCGCAUCCUUGCUCCUCACCCAGCCUUUCCUCCCGCACCCUCUCUCGCCCCGCAGGUGAGAUCAUCGUCAACAUGGACAUGGAGCCUUCGGUCAGAAAGAUGGACACAGUCGUCAAGCUGGACGCUACAUCUGACGCUGUUGUAAAAGUUGACAUGACUGAGGAGGAGAGUGACAAAGAGAAAAAGAAGAAGAAGAAGAAAAAGAAGGGAGGCGCGGAGGAAGAGGACGAGACAGAUGAGAGAGUGCUGGACUGGUGGUCCAAAUAUUUUGCUUCAAUAGAGACACUGAAGGAGACUCUCAGAGCUCAGGAGGCAGCUCAGGCUGAGGCGGAGGAGAGAGAGGACCUGGAGAUAGCUGCAGAAUCAGCAGAUAUCAAAUCAGAUGACCUUCUUAUGAAAGGCUCCAAGACAAAGGAAAGGAGCAAAGAGAAGAAGAGCUCCAAGGAAAAGAAGAAGGGUCAGGCCACAGACGGCUCAGAGAAAAGGCCGGUCAAAGCAAAAGUGGACGAGCUGUUGGUGUACAACAAGGAGCUGGAGAGUGAGUAUGGUGACUUUGAAGACUGGCUUCACACUUUCAACUUGUACAGAGGAAAGGCCGGGGAUGACGACGAACACGCUCUGGAUGACGACAGGAUUGUCGGCAGAUUCAAGGGAUCCUUAUGUAUGUACAAGCUACCUCUGUCUGAGGAGAUCACGAGGGAGGCAGGAUUCGAUCCGAACAUGGGAAUGUUCCAGAGCAUUCCACAUAAUGAUCCAAUCAACGUCCUCGUCCGAGUCUAUGUGGUCCGGGCUACAGAUCUUCAUCCUGCUGAUAUCAAUGGGAAGGCUGACCCAUACGUAGUCAUCAAGCUCGGCAGGUCAGAGGUCAAGGACAAAGAGAACUACAUCUCCAAACAGCUCAAUCCUGUAUUUGGCAAAUCUUUUGACAUCGAGGCCACGUUCCCCAUGGAGUCCAUGCUAACCGUGUCUGUGUACGACUGGGACUUGGUCGGCACCGAUGACCUGAUCGGAGAAACAAAGAUCGACUUGGAGAAUCGUUUCUACAGCAAAUACAGAGCGACCUGCGGCAUUUCAUCCUCCUACUCUGUACAUGGAUACAAUAUUUGGCGGGACCCUCUGAAGCCCAGUCAGAUCCUGGCGAAGCUCUGCAAGGACGGCAAAAUCGAUGGACCUCAUUAUGGGCCGGGAGGCAAAGUCAAGGUGGCGAAUCGAAUCUUCCUGGGAGCCACAGAGAUCGAGGAUGAAAAUGGUCUAAAGAAGCAGACUGAGGAGCAUUUGGCUCUGACAGUGCUGAACCACUGGGAGGAGAUCCCGAGGGUUGGCUGCAAGCUCAUACCUGAACAUGUGGAGACCAGACCCCUGCUGAACCCCGACAAACCCGGCAUCGAACAGGGCCGUAUUGAGAUGUGGGUGGACAUGUUCCCUAUGGACAUGCCUGCUCCUGGACCUGCGAUUGAUAUAUCACCACGGAAACCAAAGAGAUAUGAGCUCAGGGUGAUUAUUUGGAAUACAGACGAAGUAAUACUGGAGGACGAUGAUUACUUCACUGGGGAAAAGUCCAGUGACAUAUUUGUCAGGGGGUGGCUGAAAGGGCAGCAGGAGGACAAGCAGGACACGGAUGUGCACUAUCACUCUCUGACCGGUGAGGGCAACUUUAACUGGCGCUUUGUCUACCCCUUCGAUUAUCUCAUGGCUGAGGAGAAGAUCGUCAUCUCAAAGAAAGAGUCCAUGUUCUCCUGGGAUGAGACUGAAUAUAAGAUCCCUCCUCGCCUCACGCUGCAGGUCUGGGACGCUGACCACUUCUCUGCUGAUGAUUUCCUGGGUGCGAUUGAGUUGGACCUGAACCGGUUUCCUCGUGGAGCAAAGACGGCCAAGCAGUGUUCCAUUGACAUGAUCCGAAAUGAGCAGGAGCUGCCCACCAUCUCCAUCUUCAAACAAAAGAGGGUCAAGGGCUGGUGGCCGUUUGUAGCCCGCGAUGAGAACGAUGAGAUGGAGCUCACGGGUAAAGUAGAAGCCGAGCUUCAUCUGGUGACGGCAGAAGAGGCGGAGAAAAGUCCUGUAGGACUUGGACGAAAUGAGCCUGAUCCACUGGAGAAACCAAAUCGCCCAGACACCACCUUCCUGUGGUUCCUGAGCCCGCUGAAAGCCAUCCGCUACCUGGUGUGCAACCGCUACAAGUGGCUGAUCAUCAAGAUCGUGCUGGCCCUGCUGCUGCUCAUCAUGCUGGGCCUCUUCCUCUACAGCAUGCCGGGCUACCUUGUCAAGAAGCUGCUGGGAGCCUGAGAGGCUGAUGGAAAGGAAAGGGAGGGGGGUGGCCAGCCAGAUAAAUAGAUGGAUAGAUGGAUCGAUGGUUGGAUGAGUGAAUGGAGGAGACAAGGAGUCUCCCUCAGUCUCACCUAUAGGAAGGGAGGCGGAGGGAGGAUCUGAUUGUCCUAAAACAGCUUGCCACCUUCCACCUUAGCUCUGAGGAGAGAGGCAGACACGCCCUACCCCAAAAAAGUCAUGAGAAAAACUGUUUACUCUUCUAUCAAAUCUGCAGCAAGCCUAACAAAUCUAACGCUCAAUAUCUACACUCCAUCCUUGAAGUGACUAAAACGCAAUCAUUUGUCACACUCUUCUUUUCUUUUCAAAGCGACAUCACGUGAAAAAAGAACAUUUAUUCAUCUGUUGAUACAGCUUAUAUCAAAGUUUUUGUUCGUGGUCAGAUGAUUGCGUAGACGUUCAGUUCAAGCGAUGCCAUGAGAUCUCCCAUUACUGCUACGUCUGCUGUUGAUUUACGUAAAUACGGAAGAAAUGAACAACGUUUUUGGUAACACUUUUCUUACCUUAAUUAGCCUUCAUAAGCACUAUAUGAAUAUGAAUAAAUUGUUUACUCCAAUGUCGUCGUGUGCAGAUAUUUAUGUGCAGAAUUUGUCAACAAUUAUAAUAUUUUAUAUUGUUACACCUGUGUUUUACUUUCAUUCAUGAUCUGUUUAAACCUCCACCAGCGUCUGAGUGUCCACAGGAGGAGUUAUAGUUGUUGGCAAACAUAUUAAUAAACAUUUAUAUCUGCUUAUAACUGCAUUAAGAUGUUUAUAUACUGCUUAUAAAUGUUUACAGGGAGGUUAAAGCAAAGUGUUGCCUCUUUUUCUUUUUUAAACUAUUAAAGCUCUUGCGGUCUUUGCACACUUCAAGAAUAAUACUGAAGAAACAAAAAAUAAAGAUGUUUAUUUUCAUAAUGAAAUUCACGAGACACAGAACAAGAUGACUUCAAAAUGAAUUAAAUAUUAAGAAAAAAAGAAAAAAAAGAGUCCUACAGGGUUUCGUUUAACUGCGACACUAAAUGUUUAAUCCCUUGGAUCAAAGCGAUUGAGCCAGAUUUGAGUCAAACGGGAUUUGCAAAUAAUUUUUAUUGAUAUGCUUCAAUAUGUACACACUUCACAGGAGAGACAAACAGAUUAUUUGUGAAUAUCUUUUGACUAAGUCUGAUUGAAAAAACAACAAAAUUCUUUGAGGUUUGAGCUACUUUGUACCAAAAUGUAGACCUAUAUGUCAAUAUGCAUGCAUCAUUGUGAUAACCGACCACAGAGGUCAUGUAUGUUGGCAUGACUGUCUUUCCAGCUUGACACAAACCAAAUCACCAACCCUGUCAUCUCGAACGUUACACUGAUAAUUUGGGAAUAUGAUUAAAGUGCACUUGAGUGAUAAAAGAGGAGUGUGAGCCUCCAGCUCCGUGUCAGAUGGCGUCGUUUGCAGUGUCCGUUACUCCGUUAACUAAUUUGCCUGCGCUUUACCUCAUCUGUGUUGCAGUCUUUGUUUGUGAUUACGUGUUUCACCGAUUUACAGAGUUACUGUUUGCACUAAAUUUGCCUGUUUUUACGAUGAACUUGUGUUUAUAUAUCAGUUGAAAUGUGUGCAGUAUUCAUUUUCUGUCUGUUUUGGCAAUUUGAAAUAAACUGAAUUCAAUGGACAACAUGUUUGGGAUUGUUAAAGUGGCUGUGAUCAAUAUUUUUUAUAUCAACGAUGAAUCAUUUGUAGUGAUAAAUCCACAAAUCUUCUGUUUCUUUCACUUCUACUGCAGUUUUAAAGCAUUUUUCAGCUCAUUAUUUGGGUUGUUCGGCUCUGUUCGUUUUCAAAGCAUCAUUUUCUGUGCAGGCUAGUUGACAAACUCUACAAAACUCACACUAUAGGUUACAUCCACAGCACCAAAGUGAGCAACUAGUAUCUGAACAUAGCAGAGAAGAGCCAAAAGAUCAGUUGCAGGUUUAACCCACUACUCCUCUCAGUUUGUGAGUAAGUUGAAGCAACACAAGUUGUUUUCUUGAAGUUCUUCUUCAGCACUGUUUGCAUGUAAAAAAACAAAAACAACAACAGGUAACUGUUGUUUUACCUCUGAAUCUCUGUGUGCAGUCGUCCCUGUGCCAGCAUGUCUUGGCUGCUGAGCCCGGUGAGGACGGUGUGUAUCCUGGCCUGGAGGCACUACAAGCUGCAUUGUGCCGUGCUGCUGGCUGCUGUGCUGGUGAUGCUCUUCCUGGCUCUGCUCUUCUUUUCUCUGCCCUCUGAGAUUAGCCACAAGCUCCUCAACCCUGCUGGAUGAAAACACUGUGUGUGUGUGUGUGUGUGUGUGUGUGUGUGUGUGUGUGUCUGUGCUAUUGUGUAUCCCACAGGGCAGUUGUAUGUCUUACUGUUGUUACAGUUAAUUGUUCUGACUGUAAAAAAUAAAAACACAACCACA